AGAGCUCUUCCGUAAACAAGCACGUAGUCCCCCUGUGUAGAAAAAUGUGGAUGCGCUGGUGCAACUGUGCUUGUUUAGACGUGAACGACGAGCAUCAGUGAAACAUGGGCAGAGGCGCUUUGAUCCUUGUUGAAGGACUGGACAGAGCCGGCAAGACAACCCAAACCAGUGAGCUGGUAACCAGAUUACGCAAUGAGGGAUUGAACGUUGAACUGAUCAAGUUUCCCGACAGAACAACACCAAUUGGCAAGUUGAUCAACUCGUACCUCGUUGACAAGUCGUUCGAGCUGUCUGAUGAAUCAGCACAUCUGCUCUUCUCAGCGAAUAGAUGGGAACUUUCCCGUGGUAUAAAGGAGAAAUUGCACAACGGCACAAUCGUGGUGCUUGAUAGGUAUGUCUACUCUGGCGUGGCAUACACGGCAGCGAAGGGGUUGGAUGCUCAGUGGUGUCUCAAUCCCGACAUUGGGCUCCCAAGGCCCGACUUGACCAUUUUCCUCAACCUGAACGAUAGCCAGUCAAGCAGAGGUGGGUUUGGAGAUGAGCGGUACGAGGUUACAGAGUUUCAACAGCAGGUCAAGCUACAGUUUGAGAAGUUCUUUAACGAACCAAAUUGGAAUACUCUAGUUGUUGAUGGUAAAAAUAUACAGGACGUUGCCGAGGAAGUUUGGCCUCUGGUGCAAGAAGUUCUAUCCAAGGAUUUGAAGCAAGUUGAACUGUUUUAA